CUCAAACUCUGCUUCUCUAGGCUGUCAACUCUGCAGUUUGAUUUAAAUUCUCCCCUUUCUUCCACUGGGAUCUACCCCUGUCUUCAAGUGGAUUGACAAUUGGGAUUUCGGUAUGGCCGCAGCAAAACUCCUCUCUAUCGUCUAUGUCGCUGUUGCAAUAAUAUCUCUGACUACAGCCCAGUCCAGAUCCAAAGCGUCAAAGUCUGGGAAAGGCAAGGAUGAGUUGAGGAAUGAAAUUGACAAACUAUGGCGAGAAGUGAAUUCACUUAAAGAAAUGCAAGCGCUGCAGACUGUUUGCUUGAAAGGGACGAAAAUUCACAAAAAGUGCUACCUGGCAUCGAAAAGUGCAAAGAGCUACCAUGCGGCCAAUGAAGACUGUAUCGCCCAAGGAGGGACAUUGAGCAUCCCCCGAGGCAGUGAUGAAGCUAACUCCCUCCGUAACUAUGCCAAGAAGAGCUUGAUCGGGGCCAGGGAGUUCUGGAUCGGUGUCAAUGACAUGACCACUGAGGGUAAAUUUGUCGAUGUGAAUGGCUUGCCGAUUACUUAUUUCAACUGGGAUCGGAAUGAGCCGCGUGGAGGGACACGGGAGAAUUGCGUGGUGGCCUCAAUUAACAGCCAAAGCAAAUGGUCCGAUGAAGUGUGCCGUUCUGAAAAGAGAUACAUCUGCGAAUACCUUAUUCCUUAGAGCUGUCAAUUGUGUAGCAAACUCUAGAGUGAUCGCAGUCAUUACACUUAUUACCUUUAUUGCCAUAUUCCUGAUCUCUGUUUUACAGUCGAAGAUGUUUGAAUGAAAUUCUUAAGGGACGCACUCUUUGAAUGAUGCAAAGGGUCACAAUUCACCUUGGGCGAAAUCACCGAAAUAUCUCACAAGCUGCCCAUUAUACAUGCUUGGAAUGGAAUACUGGGGAGACUGUAUAAUGGGCAGUGCAGUUGAACCCAUUGGGUUCUCAUUUAAGAUGAACUUCUACCUGCCUUUUAAAGAUUUGUUUUCUAUAGACCUGGCAUUAUUUACCAAGGUUAGUACUCAGUGUCAGGAAUGUACCUUCAGAAAUCUGUUUAUAAACCCUUUGAAAUUAUGCUCAAAGAUGCACCCACAUGUUUUUGUACAAUUUCUUAGCUAUUAGAGAAGCAGAUUUAACAAGAUAACAUUCAACAGCUACCAAAAAACAAAGGAAUUGUCCACAAACAUGUUAAUUCUUUUUGCAUUAAUCUUCCACAAUAUAGCUCAAAACAUAAGACCUUUUUAUUUUACAUAUUGUUCACAGAGUGAUUCUCAGUCAUUGUCGACCAUAUAGCACAAACGUGGACCCUACUUUUCCCUUAGAAUUUCAGCCAGUUUUAGGCAGUCUCAGAGUGGUCUACCUCAGAAAAUAGCACACAGCAGUGUAUGCUCAAUUUAAUCCUGCCCGAUUUGUUAAUCAAAUAGAGAUUAUCUUCCAUCUGCAGUAGUUUUCUAACUAAUAGGCAACAAUGCUCAAAGGAAAUGGUUUAAAAAUAAUACCGCUACGAUUUUUCACCUGACAGCAAUUUCCAGGAGAUUAAUCUUUAAUUCCUAGCAACUCCGAGAUAUUUCUGGAGUUUUGGAAACGCUACAAAGCAGCGUUGGGCUGGCAAGAAGAUGCUCUGUCUCCACCAUCAGGAGGAAAAUUCAAGCCAAGUAUCUUUUACUGCCAUCCAAUGUUAAACAAUAUAUUCUGCAUAUAUUUCCUAUUGCAUGAAUUAUUUUCUUAAAGGAAAUCUACCUUGAGUACUUAUAUGUACACUUUCAUGUUUAUGUCUUUAGACACAACACAGUGGAAUUGUGCAACUAUUAUUACUUCUCAGGUUUGUUUUCUAUAUAAAGACAUGCAAUUUUCUUUUAA